AUGGCUUUGUACUGUUCGCCGUGGAUUCUCGGGAAGCCGGGGUCACCUAAAGCGGUCGAUCGCGUCCCUGACUUCACCCGGCCCCACCACUCUUCGGCCUCGCGUGAACAAGCCCGCUUGCGUGUAAUGGCAAACGCUUGUAAUGCCUACUCCGCGGAGCCUGCUCAUCCGGUUCUCGCCAGCUCCCUCCUCGCUCAGUCCAGGUGGAGAAGGACUCAAACAACGCGCUCUGUACAGGAUACAGAGACAACGGACUGGAACCUCAAAAAGGACUGGGACAUCGGGAUCCAAGCUUCAACUAGCAUCUUCCGGUGUGGUGCUGUUAUCGGCUUCUCGAGACUGCGGGCCCGGAACAAAAACAACGAUGAAUACAUCGCCCAGAUACCUCGAUCUCUGCUGGUAACACAUUUGCUGAGGCCUUCCUUAUCAGAAACAAAGGCAUUCAUCAUAUACCCGAGCAACUUCGAUGCCUUUGCGCCUAGGAUUUUACUCAACGCUUUGCAGUCUGCUGCGGGCCAGCCUCUCUCAAAAGGAGAUGCAAUCAAGCGACUGGAUUUGGAGAGUGUCUCGAAAUCGUUACAAGACAUUCAAUCAAAGCAUGCAGACAAUCAUCGCGUCGUUCUGAUCGUUGUCGGCCUUGACAUUUUAGCAGAGGGCAUCAUCCGGGCAUCGAAUCCAGUAAAAGGAACCGCCUUGUUGGCAGCCACAUUGCGAAACCUGACUCGAAUGUCUCGCACUUAUGCUUCCUUCUUGUCAGUUAUGCUUGUAAACACCAACGGACUUGGCCCACCACAUUUCGGAACAGAAAAGGGUUCAGAGAAGACAAAAGCCCCGCUCGAAGAAGAUACGCGACUCCCUCGUGAUGACGGCAUCCACUCGAUCUUCCAAAGCCCCGGUCCACCACUUCUGUCUACCCUCCUCAUGAGAACCUUGGACCAAGGUAUCGACACACACAUCCUCCUCUCGGACAUCAAAUCAGCCAAGGUAGCCGAAGUAAUCAAGGACCGUAUCGGAACCGGCCUGGGCAAAUGGGGGAUAUGGACCUCGAAAUAA